AUUCCUGUCACUUUGGAUUAUAUUCGUGAUUGCUAUGAAGUUCUUCCGAGCCAGCUUCUUCGUCUUUGUCAGGUUUCUACUCUGACAGAUUGACAAGUUUAAUCUGCACUGCUUCAGCUGUGUUGAAUUGGAGUGAAAUCUACUGUGCUUCUGAUUUUCUUUUGUCUUCUUUAGCGGUCAGCGAAACCUUGUUGGAUAGUCAUUUUGAUUUAGGGAUGGCUCUUCCCGGUUCUCUGCAGCUGUCCCAUGAUUUCGGACAUUGCAGGAACCCGGGCUGCUAUAACCAAUAUAUGGUACUAGGGCUACUGUACAGAACCAAGUUAGAUUUAUCAAGUGCAGCUCCGUUAUAUCAUGUUUCGUUCCUGAAGCAGGAUUGGCGGAGAACUCAACUCUUUUGCAAUAUAAAUAGGCCAAUACAUACCUUAUUUUGCAAGUCACAUGCUUUUAAGUGCCAUUCUUUUCUUAGACAAGGCCCGCAAAGUGAGCUACCUAUUUCUACGGUGGCGGCCACAGCACCGGCAAGGUCUUAUAAUCUAUUACAAUGUAGUCCUGUCACAGUAAAGUUGAUUCCAGCCAUUGGCAUCAUCACUUUUGCAGUAUGGGGUGUUGGCCCAUUAAUGUAUCAUAUAAGAAAACUGCUUCUCCAGAGGAGCGACAAUAGUUGGAAGAAAAGUAGCACACAUUAUGCAGUAACUUCUUACAUCCAGCCAUUACUGUUAUGGACUGGAGUUAUGCUUAUUUGCAGAGCCUUUGACCCAUUAAAUUUACCUUCAGAAGCAGCUCAAGCUGUCAAGGAACGGCUUUUGGCUUUUGCACGAUCAUUGUCAACUGUACUUGCCUUUGCCUAUUGUAUAUCACGUAUGAUUCAACAAGCACAGAAAUUCUUCACGGAGGGUGCUGCUGAUGCCUGUGAGACAAGGAAUAUGGGAUUCCAGUUUGCAGGCAAAGCUGUUUAUUCUGCAGUAUGGAUUGCUGCCUUCUCUUUGUUCAUGGAGUUGGUGGGCUUUUCUACUCAGAGGUGGGUUACCGCAGGAGGUCUCGGGACUGUUUUGUUGACUCUUGCUGGUCGUGAGAUAUUUACAAACUUCCUUUCAAGCGUGAUAAUUCAUACAACUCGGCCUUUCGUGGUGAAUGAAUGGAUUCAAACAAAGGUUGAAGGCUAUGAAGUCUCUGGUACUGUGGAGCAUGUUGGCUGGUGGUCACCCACAAUUAUACGUGGUGAAAAUCGUGAAGCUGUUUAUAUUCCAAACCACAAGUUCACAAUGAGCGUCGUGCGAAACCUCAGUCAGAAAACACAUUGGCGUUUCAAGACCCACCUGGCUAUUAACCAUAUGGAUGUUAAUAAGAUAAAUAACAUUGUUGCUGACAUGAGAAAAGUCUUGGCCAAAAACCCUCAAGUCGAGCAGCAGAAGCUGCACAGGAGAGUGUUUCUGGACAAUAUAGAUCAUGAAAAUCAGGCUCUUUUGAUAAUGGUGUCCUGUUUUGUCAAGACCUCGCAUCACGAAGAAUUUUUGUGCGUUAAGGAAGCUUUGCUACUGGAUCUUCUUAGGGUUGUUGGCCAUCAUCGAGCCCGACUUGCAACCCCAGUUCGAACACUGCAGAAAAUUUACAGUGAUGCUGACUUGGAGAAUAUACCAUAUGUGGAUUCUGUAUUUAGUGGUACUGGAACAGUAUCAAACAGUACAAUAAUAAUAGAACCACCGUACAAGAUCAAAGCAGAUGAUACGACAAAGAGUCGAUCAGCCACGCAAACCAAGGUUGGGCCAGCGGGGCCAGAUCAUAAGGUCAGAGAAACUCAUUCUGAGUCGAAGGCAGAUGUUGAAGCUGUGAUGACUAACUCUGAUGCGAAUGGAAACUUGAAGGUCGCCGUUUCAUCCAAACCCAACCCUGAAGUGGGUGAACAUGAGCCAAUGAAAUCGGAGUCAAAGGAAAACCUGGAGGCUCAGCACGUGUCUGUUUCUAACUCCAAAGUUAGUGAAGCUGCUGUAAAUAACAUGACCGAGAAGAAUUCUGAUGUCAUACAAUCUAAGAAUGCUGUCAAAGGAGGUGGACGUCCUAAGAAUACGCCAACAAAACAGAGAGAUGAAAGGAAACCGGCGGCACAGCCUCAAAUGCCUAGGCCUGUCCUUGAAGAGAAUAUAGUACUUGGCGUAGCAUUGGAGGGAUCAAAAAGAACUCUUCCCAUCGAGGAGGGGAUCGAUUCAUCUACUGCUCGAGAGGCAAGAGAAAUGGCUGCCCAGGGGAGAAAUAGAUCCUUGACAGCUGAGAACGGGGAAGAUAAGUAAAAUUUCAUUUGCUUCAGGUGAAAUAUCUGGCAAUCUGACGAAACAGGCUAAGUUCUAGGCUUAGUUCCUAGUCCUGUUCAUUUCAACUUGGACAUAGAGCCCCAGAAAGCGCGAGCGCGGAUUAAUUUCCUGCGUACGUAUUUACAAAGAGAUCGACCCGGGGUAAUCUGAUUGGUUAUUGAUUUCCUGUUAAUACGACACACAAAGGGCUGUAAUUAUAUGAUUUGUAUGUUCUUGCUGUUUUUAAAUUGAAUAGAUUUUAUUUGU